AGAAAUGCAGCGGCGAGAGGGAAAAAGCCAUCGCCCUACCGCCCCUCCUUGGCGGCGCGGCGGUCCGUGAACCCAGCAGUUUAUCCUCUCCCUCGCUCCCUCCCUCGUCGGCGCUGCCGCCGGGGCCGUGCCGCGCGCCCGUCCGUGCAGAGGCUCGGCUCGGUUCGCCUGAGCUCGACACUGUUCAGCUUGGCUCGGUUUGGCUCGGCACCGCUCAGCACGGCUCGGCUAGGCACUGUUCGGCUCAGCUAAACUCGGCACAUCCCAGCUCGGUUCGACUCGGCUGAGCUUGGAUCAGCUCCGUUGUGCUCGGCGCGGCCGGGCUCUGUUGGACUGGCUCGGCUCGGCUGAUCGCGGCAGAUCCCGGCCGGUCUGGGCUCAGCGCGAAGCGGGAGGCGGGCGCUGUUCCUGGAAGAGCCCGGGCCGGGGAGUUGGUCACAUUCUUGGCCGGGAUUCAAUGACUGAGGCAGACACCAACAAACAGAGGGGGGGAGGCGGAGGGCGGGAGGCUGAGCCCGCCUGCAUUAGCUCAGCUCUCAGGCACUCUCAGUCACUGCUGGAAAGAGGAGCUGGGAGGAUGUGCGCGCUCUCACCGCGGCUCCCCACGGCACAACGAGAUCACCGGCAGAAAUAAGGGAAGGAAGGCGAACCGAGAGGCGAGGAGCCCUCCCAGGCCGAGCAGAGGGACCACGAGGGGCAGCGGAGCCGCUCCACGCCCGUGCGGAGCCCCCGCGCCGCUUUGGCAGAGCCAGAGAUUUGGGCCUUUUCUCCUGCGUUGUUCCUUCCACAGACCGAGCGUUCUGCCUCCUCCUGCUUUUUACUUUCCUCCCCCGCGCCUUCCUUCGGUGGAUAUGGACAGAAGGGGGAUCACUGCAGAGAAGCAGCAGCCGCCAGAACAUAUUUGAGCCCCGGGUGCUCGGAGCGUGGCACAGACUUCUUGUGUUUCUGUGGGUGGUGUGUGUGUGUGUGUGUGUGAGUGUGUGUUGGAGGUGUGGGAGGAGGGAUUGGUUUGCCUGGGGGUUGGCUGAGGGGGUGAGUGCUCGGAUGAAGACCUCUUUUUGCUGUGAUUCAGUGCUCCAUCGGGGCAGCUUGGAGACUUGGAGGGUUUGAAAUUGUAACGCGAACGAAGAGAAAAGAAAGAAGAGAGAGACACGCAUACAAAAGGAUUUAUUUCCUCUCCGUUAGUGGAUUGCUGAUUGAGAAGGAGGAAGAACACAAGGAAACUAAAAAAUGGAGACUGUAAGUAGAAGCAGCUUCCAGCCUCAUCCAGGACUGCAGAAGACCUUGGAACAGUUUCAUCUGAGCUCUAUGAGCUCCCUGGGUGGCCCUGCUGCUUUCUCAGCACGAUGGGCACAGGAGAUGUACAAGAAAGACAAUGGCAAAGACCCAGCGGAACCUGUACUGCAUCUGCCCCCGAUCCAGCCUCCUCCGGUCAUGCCUGGUCCCUUCUUCAUGCCCUCGGACAGAUCCACGGAGAGGUGCGAGACCAUCCUGGAAGGGGAAACCAUCUCCUGCUUCGUGGUGGGCGGAGAGAAGCGGCUUUGCUUGCCCCAGAUCCUGAACUCGGUGCUCAGGGACUUCUCCCUGCAGCAGAUUAAUUCGGUGUGUGAUGAGCUACAUAUUUACUGCUCCAGAUGCACUGCUGACCAGCUGGAAAUCCUCAAAGUCAUGGGCAUCCUGCCCUUCUCCGCUCCUUCCUGCGGUCUCAUCACGAAAACUGAUGCUGAGAGGCUUUGUAACGCCUUGCUUUAUGGUGGCACUUAUCCUCCCCACUGCAAGAAGGAAUUCUCUAGCACAAUUGAGCUGGAGCUCACGGAGAAGAGCUUCAAGGUGUAUCAUGAAUGCUUUGGGAAGUGUAAGGGACUCCUGGUGCCAGAGCUUUACAGUAAUCCCAGCGCAGCCUGCAUCCAGUGCUUGGACUGCAGGCUCAUGUAUCCACCACACAAAUUUGUGGUCCACUCUCACAAAUCGCUGGAAAACAGGACUUGCCACUGGGGCUUUGACUCUGCAAACUGGAGAUCCUAUAUCCUCCUCAGCCAGGAUUAUACUGGGAAAGAGGAGAAAGCUAGACUGGGCCAGCUCUUAGAUGAAAUGAAAGAAAAAUUUGACUAUAACAACAAAUACAAGAGGAAAGCCCCUCGGGUCUCUUCAGAUCCUCCUGCUUCCAAAAAGCCCAAAAUAGAUGACUCUGCUUCCCAAUCUCCAGCUUCUACUGAGAAGGAAAAACAGUCCAGUUGGUUACGGUCCUUAUCCAGUUCAUCUAAUAAGAGCAUCGGCUGUGUCCAUCCCCGGCAGCGCCUCUCCGCCUUCCGGCCCUGGUCCCCCGCAGUGUCUGCCAGUGAGAAGGAGCUAUCCAGCCACCUGCCUGCCCUGAUUCGGGACAGCUUUUACUCCUACAAGAGCUUUGAGAGUGCCGUGGCCCCCAACGUGGCCCUGGCCCCUCCAGCCCAACAGAAGAUCGUGAGCAACCCUCCCUGUGCCACCGUGGUGUCCCGGAGCAGUGAAUCCCUGGGCUCUGCCCAGCCGAGAAAGAGGAAACAUGGCACAGAGCACACGGCUGUCCCUGAGGCUGCGGCAGCUGCGGCCACCGCCCCUGAGGAGGACAAGGAGUCAGAAGCAGAGAUUGAAGUAGAAACCAGGGAAGAAUUCACCUCUUCCUUAUCCUCGCUCUCCUCCCCAUCCUUCACCUCCUCCAGCUCUGCCAAGGACAUGAGCUCCCCUGGGAUGCAGCCCCCAGCCCCUGUCAACAGCUCCUAUGAGGUGACUGCACACCCUGACCCCCACAGCAGUGGGCUGGAGGCUGAGCUGGAGCACCUCAGGCAGGCCCUGGACAGUGGCCUGGACACAAAAGAAGCCAAAGAGAAGUUCCUGCAUGAGGUGGUGAAGAUGAGGGUGAAGCAGGAGGAGAAGCUGAACGCAGCCCUGCAGGCCAAGCGCAGCCUGCACCAGGAGCUGGAGUUCCUGAGAGUGGCCAAGAAGGAGAAGCUGAGAGAAGCAACAGAGGCCAAGCGCAAUCUGAGGAAAGAGAUCGAGCGUCUGCGAGCCGAGAACGAGAAGAAGAUGAAAGAGGCCAAUGAGUCCCGAAUCCGGCUGAAGAGGGAGCUGGAGCAGGCCCGGCAGAUCCGUGUGUGUGACAAGGGCUGCGAGGCUGGCAGGCUCCGGGCCAAGUACUCAGCACAGAUCGAGGACCUACAGGUGAAGCUGCAGCAUGCCGAGGCCGACCGGGAGCAGCUCCGUGCCGACCUCCUGCACGAGCGGGAGGCCCGGGAGCACCUGGAGAAGGUGGUCAAGGAACUUCAGGAGCAACUGUGGCCUAAAGCCAGCAGCCAGCCCAGCAGUGAGAGCACCUCGAGCCCCAUGGAGAACUGAUGCCUCAUCCCCCAGCACAGGGAGGGAGAGAGUGGGACUGGGAGUGCGUGUGUGAGUAGCGGUGUCCUGGCACACACUUUAGGAAUAUGGAUUCAAAGUAGCUGGAAGGCAAAUGUUACUCUCUAGAACAGAAGCACUGAAUUCCGCCUCCUUUUUUCCCAGUCCAUAUAGCACAACAUCUUACUGUGCCUAGAAAACACAAAGUGUUUGUAAACAAAAUACUUUUAAGUCCACAGCAAAUUUUCUACUGGCAAACUCCAAGCAAAGCAGCGUGGUCCAGCUAAACCCAGAGUCCAAGGCGAGCACAGCAGUGGCUUUGUGUUCUCCUUCCUGUUGGAACAUUUUGGAAUUUAAAAACAAAUCAACUUUUCUUAUAAGCUAUUUAAAAUAAUUCAUUACACAGACUUGGUAUUGAAAAAAAUUAACAAGAUUUUUAUAAUGAACCUUUAAAAGAAAAACAAAAAAAAGAAAAAGGAAAAAACAAACCUUUGAUGCACAAUUUUUAAUGACUUUAUAGGCUUUGGGAUUCUUUGUGCAGAAGCCCCUCUGUGGUGAUGAUGCCAUCCAUGUCAGGAGCAGUUUUCCAGCCAUCUCAGAAGCCAUCACAGUUCUAUCCCAUCACGUAGGUGUAGGAGAUGUUCAGAAUGCUUUUCCAAGUUGAUUUUUUUCCUUAGAAUGAAUUAUGUCCAUUUCCUGCCCUGGACACAGAAAGAAUGGAAGUUGCAGGAGUGUGCAGGGGGUGAGGGGAGGAGAAGGGGUUGGAUUGAGAGCCCCAGCCCAGCCCCACUUCUCCCCCUGUGUUCAGAGACUUCAUCUAGGAGCACACGUCAGCCUUGGGAAAAGAAAGGAAGAAAGGAAGGAAAUGGAUGAUCACUUGGUAGAGGAACAAGGCAGAGACAUCUGUGUGUUGAAGUCAUUCUGAAAUCUUCAGCUUUCUGUUUCUGGAAAACUCAUCUUGUUGCACCAUCUUACCAUGAAUUCAGUAUUUCCCUGCUUCCAUUCUGAACUGUCAGUGAGGAUUUCUGUGCCCAAGGAGAGUCCAACGUCGCAGUGUCAGAUACUACAGAACAGAAAACCAACAUUUUUGCUGCUGUGAAUAAGCCUACAUCUGUUUUUAAAAAACUUUUUUGUUUUUACAAAGAGAAAUUACUUUAAUUUUGGGAUCCAAGCCACAGGCCCGGGAUACAAUGCAGCAAACCAUCACUGCCUUGGGGGUGGUGCUGGGGUUUUAUAUAUUUUUAUUUUUUUUUAAACCUGCACUUUGUCAGAAUCUUACUUUGCAUUUUAUUCCCUUUUUCUAAGAUGUACAUGUGAAACAUUUGAUAUUCUGCCCUAACAGCUGUACAAACCAUGAACCCAAUCUGCCACCACUGACACCUCCCAUCAGCAUCUGUGUAAGCAAAGGAGGAUCCUGCAGGUCCAGAAUACCCAGAGCAGGAAUUGUCCCUGUGCUGCUGGUUCAGUUAGAACCUGGUUUUAUGACUGUGUAUCUGACCUAAGCUAGGGAGCAGCAGACAUGCUUCCGAAAGUGCUUAACAAAUAAAGCUGGUGCUUUAAUGAUCAGGAGAAAAGUUAAUUUUCACCCAUAAACACUCACCUCUGACACACUCAAGUUAAAAUGUGAUCUGGGGCUGCAGAUGUGCCUUCCAGCUCAUUUUUCCUCUCAGCAUCUUCUCUAGGCAAUGCUGAUGCUUUUUUACCUUAAAGAAAAAAAAAAAAAAAAAAAAAGAACCCCCUAUGCAUCAUCAUACCCAGAGUUAUUUUAAAAGAAGAAACAUAUUUCCAGUAAUCUUUAUUUGCUUUUGGACAUUAAUGCAAACUAUGUAAGCUUCAGAAUUAUUUCCCAGUAGACAGAAAGUGGCUUCCAAUCCUAAAAUUAUGGUAUUUACUUACAGUACAUUAGAGAGAUUUUUUUUUUUUUUAAACAAGAGCUAUUUGCUUGAAACCAUUAUAGUAACCAUUAUAGUAACUGUGAGUAUUAACAAAGAAGUUCAUAUAUAUGUUUUAGGUACAAAAAAGAAGAAAUAUGAAAGGAGUGGAAUUACUGGGACAAUGUAAAACUGUUGGGAGCAAGAAACAGUCACACCAAGUCAAUGACCUGAACCUGUUUGUGGAUACAGGGGUUGGCCCUUGUGUGUUUGGGAUGCUGGAGACUGGCUCUAGGUCAUCUCCUAGGCAUCUCCUUCUAAAGUGCAAUGCAAAAGGAAUUUUGAUCAUGCUUGAGCAGGUUGUUUGUUGUUUUUUGUUUUUUUAAUAUGGGGUUUUAUUUUCAUUGUAUGUUUUUUCUGCGAUUAUUAGUCAUAUGCAUGGCUUAAACUCUGCCAUAUAGCCAUUAAUGGGCAUUAUUACUGUCUUAUGUAAAGGGGUUCUUUUGUUAUGCAGUAUGCAGAAAACUGUUCUCAGCCUUAUGAUUUCCAGAUCUGUAUUAUCUACUUAUUUCUUCAAGGGAAACUAAACAACUGUAGCUGUAGCUGAUCUUUUUUGUGCAUUUCUAGUCUCUUGUGCUCUGCUUUACUGCUGUGUUGGGAACCACACAGAGGAACAGACCCUGCUCCUGCGGUGGCUCAUGGAAGCCUGGCUUUGGAAAUUUUUCUUGUUUGAUCUAUGAUCGUUUCUGUCCCUUUAUAACCCCCCAAAAAUAGCAACUUGUCCAGCUCUUGUCUCCCAGGAAAAGCCACUCACCCGAGCAUACCAUGAGUUUUCUUUUUUGUGUCCAGGGAAAUGCAGUCACUCACUGGGUAUGAGGCUCCCAUGCUCCUGAAGGAAGGAAAUCUGCAGGAUUUUCAAAGGAAAAAAGCAGAACAGUACAAUAGUUAAUCACCACCAAGCAGUCUCACCUGUGCUGCACAGGUAACGUGUCACAGGGGCAACACAGAAUCUCCAAACCAGAAUUACAUCUGGGGCUUUGCUUUCUGCCCCACUCACAGUCACUCCAGGCAGGGCAAUACUAGGAUUUGGUCCUUGGGAGUGAAAGGCCAUUUCUAUCAGUGAAGGUUUAAAAGCAUGAAGAUAAAUAAGGUGCAAGAAGAGCAGGAACAAACAUUCUCCAGCAGCAGCCACUGCCCAGGAGGGGCUCGCAGGGCUGGGUUUGGCUUAAACUACUGGGCAUUUCCUAACCAUGUUUAACAAUCAGAUAAGUUGUUUCUGCAGUGUGUAAUUUAUUUCUAAUUCAGAGUAAUGAGAAGUGUCUCUGUCCCAGCUCCAGAGGCUGAUUCUCUCUGGGGGAGCUCUGCAGAGCAGGCCCCCUGUGUGAAGGUGCUCGAGACCAGGGAGCUCUGGGGUCAUUCCGGUGUCUGCAACACCUCAGUAAAGCUGUGUGAGCCUGGUCCCAUGGAAUUCCUUCCUUCCUGCAGCCCCCACUCCCUGCUGCAUUCCAGGGAGAGGGGCUGUUCCUCCAUCUCCCCUUCCUCUGUGCUUUAGUUUCCUUUAAGAAGUUCCAAGGGAGAAGAGGUGUUUCGUACAGGCUGUUGACUCUCCCUGUACCUACAAAUAUAUUACUACUUGUAUAAUUCAGUUUAAUUACUCCUUGUUUCUAUUACUGAAUGAAGACUUAACGAAGGGAAAAAAAAAAAACAACAGCAAUAACAUUCAUAUCUAUGGAGCAGCUAACUCUAUACAUAAUAUUCUGCUUUUCAAACAGAACUAGCCAAUGUAAAAAAAUAUUAAAAGUAAAUUCAACAUGUAAAUACUUUUUUUUCAUUUUACACUGUUGUAUUAUAAGUGUAUAUGGUGUUUACUUUUUCAAAACUCUUUCUUACCUGGUAGUUGUCUUGUUUUAUGAGUUGUGUUUUUAACUGAGAAGAAUCUUUGCUGUCUGUUAGAAAAAAACAAAACAAAAUCUUUUUGCAGGUUUUCAAUGUGGGUUAUGACCUUUUCUUCUCAAUAAUUUACAUUUUAUUUGUCCUUAUUUUCACUGUAAAGUAUUUUAUUACCAAAAGGUUGGUUUUUGUUCCAUUCUGCCCUCUGAGCA